AUGAUUGGACCAGCUCUCCCGCCACACUUGCGUCGAAAUUCUGACGACGCUGAGAAGGGAGACAACCAAACAAAUACACAUGCAGACAGCGACGACGACGGCGCAUAUGGACCUGCACUUCCUCCUUCACUGGCACGUCAAAGACAAAUAGAGCCGGUCAAGGAGCAAAAAUCCACCGUAAAUCCCGAUAGCGAUGAUGAUAGUGACAUUGUUGGACCCCAGUUGCCCUCGGCUAGUGGCUCAAAAGAGGAUCCGGAUGAGGGAGUUCGUGAAUUUCUCGCCAGGGAGCAGAGACGAAAAGCUCUUGCAGAGGAAGAGAAGAAACCCAAGCAGCCAAAGCGAGAGGAGUGGAUGCUCGCUCCCCCCACCUCAUCUGAAGCCCUCCAAUCACUUGAUCCUACUAAAAUCAAGAACAGGCAGUUCUCACGUGCGACAGGUCGCGAAGAGGUGUCUAAAGAUACAUCUCUCUGGACAGAGACGCCUUCGGAGCGCCAAGCACGGCUUGCAGAGGAAUUAAGCGGGAAGCGUAAACGAGCGACCGCCAAGGUGCAGGAAGAGGACGGGGAGGGCGCAUACAAGAGGCGUAAGAUGCAGGACGACCUCCGAAGAGAGAUUGACGAUCACAACCGCAUGGCGCGACCUGCUAGUCUGCUUGAAAUGCAUCAAGAGACUCUGGCCAAACAGCCGAGCUCGACAAAGGACGAGGCCAUUUGGGACCGGGACCGUGACAUGGGUUCUGCGGGGAGACUACUGGAUCAGAGCUCGCGCAAUAAGAUGAUCAAGGAUGCAAAGGGAUUGAGCGACCGGUUCGGUUCUGGAAAGCGUGGUGCUUAUGAUUAG